AUGGCUGCACAGUACGGCGAGCUUAGCAACCUUCUCCCUCUGACAUAUAAGCGCAUGAUUGCUGCCUGGUUGGAAGAAGAUUGCCCAAGCUUGGAUUAUGGGGGUUUCGUUGUGAGCGAGGUAGAGGGUGAGGCAAAGCUGCUGGGGAAGAGCAAGGCUAUACAAUGGCCAUAUCUCGGUCUUCCUGGUACGGCUACAUUGUUCCUCAAUAACAACCCGGGCUCUAAUGCCUCGCAUUUGUGUGCUUUAUUUCGCGGCAUCGUAGCCGGGGUUCCUUUCUUUAAUGAAGUCUUUGCACAACUAGAUUGCACAGUCGAAUGGAAGAUCAAAGAAGGCGAUGAAAUUCAGCCUAUCACCAUUUGUGCCAUCGUUCGCGGUCCCAUGAGAAAACUUCUUCUCGGUGAACGCGUAGCGCUGAACAUCCUCGCACGAUGCUCUGGGAUUGCCACCAAGACAUCUUCACUUCUCACUAUCCUCCGUUCCCAUGGAUGGAAUGGUAUCUUAGCAGGUACUCGUAAAACGACUCCAGGCUUUAGACUGGUUGAGAAAUACGCUAUUCUUGUCGGUGGUGCUGACCCCCACCGUCACGACUUGAGUUCCAUGACAAUGCUCAAGGACAACCAUGUCUGGGCCUGCUAUAACAAGGAUAAAGUAUCUCAUACGAGUGGCGAGAACAUAACUAUUGCCGAUGCUAUUCCCUCCGCUGUCCAUGCUGCCCGGGCUGCAGGCGGUUUUGCUGUUAAAAUUGAAGUCGAAUGUCGCAACCUUGAGGAAGCAAACGCCGCCGUUGGCGCUGGUGCGGAUAUUGUGAUGCUGGACAAUUUCUCACCGGACGGUGUGCGUGACGCCGCUCUUCAAUUAAAGGAUGAAUGGGACGCGAAAGGCAAGCCGAGAGGAAGCUUCUUGGUAGAAGUUAGUGGAGGAUUGAGAGAGGACAACGUUGCUGACUUUGCAUGUGAAGAUGUGGACAUUCUGUCAACGAGUAGCAUCCAUCAGGGCGUUGGUAUUGUCGAUUUUUCGUUGAAAGUAUCAGUAAAAUAA